AACAGCUUAGCCUGCAAUAGGCAGAGUGGGGCAGUUACUUUCUUCAAGUCUGAGUUUAAGAACUAACUCCUUCGCCCAGAGAUUCUGAUACUCAUUUUCCAAAAUAUAUACUUAUUUUUUCCUGAUACAUCUUAAAAGACGAUUAAGUGAGAACUCUUUUUUCCUCAUUUUAUAGAAAGCAAUAGUCAAAAGAUCACGAGGCCAAGCUGGUCGAGUCAGUCACCCUCCGGAAAUAGAUAUAAUGUGGUACCGCCCAAUUAUUCUAGGAACCAAAGCAUUCCGUUCCCACCAGUUUGUAGAUCUCCAGAGACCCAAGAUUUAUUUUCCUGGCUCUGCCAAGCAAUUGUCUGUAGGGAGAGACCCGACUGGGAAAGGAGAGAGGGCAAGGCUCUAAUAAAGCCCCCUAGAUACCCCCAUUAGAGUAAGAAAGCCUUGCUUCUGUGUCCCUUGCUUCUGCGUCCCUGAGCCCUUGGUCCUAAGGUUCCUUUAAGUACUUUGUCCCUUACCUGAGUCCCUCCCAGAGCAGGUAAUCAGUAGCCCCGCCCCCUGCCAGAAGCCAGGACCGGGCCUAGUUACCGAAGUGAAGCACCCCUCCUCCUCCCUCUCCCCUCCCCUCUCCCCUACCCCUUUUCAAGGCUGGCUAUAGCUGACCCAGGGAGUCUUCAUUAAAGAAGAGAGGCUCCCAGGUCUAGGCAGAGUCCAGGUAGGGAGUCUUGCCUCAGAACUCUGAUGAGGCAUCUGUCAUUUGGGAAUCCACACAAUAUGAGGGGCCAUCCUUCCCUGCUCUUAGUCUAUAUGGGAUUGGCCACCUGCCUGGACACCUUACCUCAUGGAGAGCAAAACCAAGUUCUUGACAUCUUCCUGGAUCCCCCGGAGGCCCAGAGUUUCCUAGUUGGCCACAGGCGGAUUCCUCGAGCUAACCACUGGGACCUGGAGCUGCUAACCCCCGGGAACCUGGAAAGAGAGUGCCAGGAGGAGAGGUGCUCAUGGGAGGAGGCCCGGGAAUACUUUGAGGACAACACACUGACGGAACGCUUCUGGGAAAGCUAUACCUACAAUGGCAGGGGAGGGCGUGGACGAGUAGAUGUUGCAGGCUUGACGGUGGGACUGACCUCUGGGAUCCUGCUCAUCGUGUUGGCUGGCUUGGGAGCCUUUUGGUAUCUGCACUACAGACGGCGGCGCCGACUCAGAGUCCCGGAGUCCUGUCAGCAAGAGACCGGGCUCAUCAGCCCCCUGAGUCCCCCGACGCCCUUGUCUCCACCCUUACCCCCAGGCCUUCCUACCUAUGAGCAGGCGCUAGCAGCCUCUGGGGUGCACGACGCCCCUCCGCCCCCUUACUCCAGCCUCAGAAGGCCUCACUGAAGACUCGCUCCCGAGCGCGGGCUCCCCGAACGGUGCCCCUGAUUCACAGCAGAUUCCGGAAGUCGCUGGGCCUCUUUGACUCCCUGGCUUCAAUGUGUGCGUGGGAGUCAGGGUCGUCGGACCCGACGUCUAUCAUGACACACGUGUUUCCGCCGCGCACGGAUACACGCAUGUCCCUAACCAUCAUGUUGCCGAGUCCGCGCUCCUGCUCCUCGUACCCGCCCCUCCUGAGCACCGGCCCUGAAACUCGGACAAGACGUGACUUGACUGUCGCCCCACCGGUGUCGCGGGGAGCGUACACGCAGAGAACCAGGCCCGUGCACACGCCCCGUCUUCGUGUAUUUCCCCACAUGGGCGGUUCGUAAUCCAGCAUAAAGGUGGAGGGCGCAUUUGCUAUGUGCUGGAAAAGGUGUCACGCUUGUGUUGCAUCCGGGGAAAUGGAGUUGAGCUGAACUGCUGCUACCUACCUAAAAACCCUUUGGAAA